CGAAUUUGUACUGCAGGUGUUUUUUGUUGUUGCAUUUUCAUUGUUGGACAUAAAACAAUGUAAAUCAGCUCCAAGUUAUUUUAAUUUGGAAUAUCUGUUUCCAAGUAUUCCCAUGCAUGAUAUAGAGACACAUUACCAUAUGCAAAUACAAGCAAGGUUUGGAAUUAUUAUGUUUUAGUCAAAUAUUAUAUCUGUUUGUUCUUAUUAAUGCGGUAAAUCUGAAGUCUACAAAUGAUUUGUAAUUUUGUUCUUGCCCCCAACCUUCCACUCAAGAAAAAGUUGACGCGCGUCUGAAUCUAUUUGAUGAUCCCAAGUGUAGAUCGUGCAAGUCGUCUACUGCAGAAGUCACAGGGUAAAUCGGGAAAGAGUGGACGUGCCUCUCUUCAGUUCGUGCACGACUCUUGCCUCCGCAGUGCACUGCUGGAUAGCGCUCAGUACAGUCAGCCUGCGCCGGAACGCUGCACGCACGCACCAGUGGCCUGCCAAUGCGACGCAUCUCACUCUCAAAAGGUCUCGAACGCUACACGGUAGCGAAGAGCAUGGGGAAUUCACUGCGGACUCAUUGAUAAAGAAUUGCCACUGGAAUUAAAAUGAACAAUUCGUCCUGUAUGUUCCUUGCAGUAUCCAUUUAGUAUAGUCUAUUUGUUUAUGACACUGUAGGAAACCGAAGCAUGGCGGGUACCUUAUCAUUGGUGAUGUUGUUUGGAGUGGUUGGGGUAUUGGUGGCUUCUAAGACGGAGCGGGCGGUGCAGGUGCCCUGUGAGUCAGGCCAGUACACCAAGGGUGGAGAGUGCUGCGAGGUGUGCCCACCUGGAGAGGGGGUGGUGAGGAGGUGUGGUGCCAACCAGACCGUCUGCGCCCAGUGCCUAGACAGUGAGACCUACUCAGAGACCUACAGCCACACAGACACCUGUAUCCCCUGCACCAUGUGUACAGGUCUGAUGCGCAUGCAGACGCCCUGCACUGACUCCAACAAUGCCAUCUGCGUGUGUGACUACAACUACUACCUGAAUGAGGUGUCUGGGCGCUGCGAGCCCUGCACGGUGUGCCCGGCGGGCCAGGGCGUGUUGGCACACUGCGAGCACAACCACGACACGGUGUGUGAGGAGUGUAUAGACGACACCUACUCCGACCGGGACAGCUCCCUGGACCCCUGCCUGCCCUGCACCAUAUGUGAUGAGGGCAUCGAGGUGGAGCUGAGCGCCUGCACCCCCGUCAGCGACUCCCUCUGCCACAAUCCUCUCUUCCCGUCCUACACGUCUCCCACCUUUCCCCCGGACCGGUCUUCCCCCUCUUUCACAGACAUCUUCCCACCAGACAGCUCCAGCAGCCCCUCCCCGGGGGGAGAGAGCACCACGGCCCAGCCCAGCCCUCACUUCAUCAGACCAGGCUUCAACGAGAACCUCAUCCCCAUCUACUGCUCCAUCCUGGCUGCUGUGGUGGUGGGGCUGGUGGCCUACAUCGUCUUCAAAAGGUGGAACAGCUGUAAGCAGAACAAACAGCCGGCUAACAACCACCAAGCCACAGCAGCCAAUCAAACGGUGACGCCGGAGGGGGAGAAGCUGCACAGUGACAGCGGCAUCUCAGUGGACAGCCAGAGUCUGCAGGAGCAGCAGCAUGCAGCCCAGGCCCAGGUCCAGACACAGACACAGAGACAGGAACAGAUAGUGGUGAGGGUGGAUGGGGGACCUGACUCACCUCCCCCCCAGGUCUGAGGAAGAGGAGAAGCCGCUGACAGGAAGGAGGAAAAGGAGGAGAGGGGGAAGUGGGGUUGCCAUGGAAACCUUGAUGUGGGAAUGGACCUACAGUAUAAGAGUACAGACUGAGUGGGCUUCUUGGAUACAACAAGGAAGUUGACGACAUUAUCGGCCCUUUUCACCAAGGGUGGCCACUGUUUCUGACUGGCCUCUUGUCCCAGUAUGGACCCUUAUUGGACAGACUGGAGCAUCACAGGCUGACCCAGUAUCUCUACACAGAACCCAACUCUGCCAGUGUGUCUUUGAACACUAAACCUCUACGCCAGUACCAACCCUACCACCAACCCCAACACCAACCCCAAAUGUCUGCCUCAAGUCACUAAAGUUGCAAUAUCACUACCACCCAUAAUCCAAGAAGCAUCACUGUGUUAGAUAUCCUGGUCUCUGUCUUUUCUGUCAGCUGGUGUUGACCAAUCAUUAUGAAAAGUGUGUUAGUAUGUUAUCACAUGAAGGAGUUUUAUCAUGUGUCCCCAUAAGUUCACUGCCAACUUCCUUUGACCAUUUGCAAAAAUGAUUAUUCAUCCACCCCCAGAUUCCCCCCUACUCACAUCAUCAAAUGUUUGUGCCUCAGAGGUAGAUAAACUCUCUGUCCCCUCUCUCCCCUUGUCUGUACUCUCUCUCUCUCAGCGUGUAACUAUCUGUCCCUCUUUCCAUCCCUCCAUCUAUUCCUAUCCUAUCCUAGUGUGUUCUCAGGGCUAGUCCUGCAGUAGUCUCUCAGUGACUCCGUCACACCUCCAGACUGUCUUCUCAGACCUCAGCAGCCUGUUGUAAUCCUCCAUGUGAUCCUGUCUGAUAGUAUCCCACUGUUAUCUAUUCAACAUAACUCAGUGGGGGAAAGGUUAUGCUGCGUUUAGAUGGUACGAGGUAGGCGGCGUUCGGAUGUCAUUGUUUUCAAUGAGAGCACGACGGUAAAUGCCGUUGAGGUCACGGAAGACGGGACAUGCCACCAGAGUUAAAAUAUUUAAACUUUUGUUAUCUGUCGUAGCGUUGUUUUCUUCCCGAUGUUGAUUUGCACUGUUCGUUUACCGAAAUCACCAUAGCAACCAUACCGUCGUCCUGGCUUGCUUUCUUCUUGUAUGAUGGUUUCUGCAUCCUUCGUCUAAAUGCAGCAUUAGUCACCAAUUCCAAAACCUCCUAUCCUUUUUCUUACCACAGCCACAGACAUUCCUAAGGUGUACAGGGACUGACACAUUUGUGUUGUUGUUAUACUGUUGCCUCUGAUUACUGUGCUCUCCUAUUCUCAUUGGCUGUGGAUCAUUCCAUCAUUCCGUCACCACAACAUGAUACACCAUCCCUCCUCUGUUUUCUGACACACUUGACUCCUUUUCUCCAUCCAACAUGGACUCCAGGAUUCUGUUGGAAUGAUUCAUGCUUUGAAUGUAACAGAUUCUAGAUGUUUCUCUCAUGUCUGUUUGUGGCGCAUCUGCCUCUCUUAGUGGUUUGAGUUACAAGGCUUCCUCAGCAGUGCAGCUCCAUUACCCCAGGAGCUGUGAUAUGCAAUAUGAGGAGCAUUUUUGGACUAUUGAACAUUGCUGACUCAUUGACCUGACACAUAAUGUGAUGUCCAACUGCCAAAAAUGGAACUGUGACAUCAUCAGAAAGAGGCUCGGCAGUAUCAGUAUUCGAGGCUGUUCCAUGGUAGCCUGACGAGAGUUGGCUAGAAAUAGUAUACAGAGUUUAUAUACAAACACUGUAUAGUAGGCUAUACUCAAGACUCCCCUUAAUUAUCCAUUAUAUUGUACUUGGUAAUGAGUGGAGACAUGGGACACUCGUCAGAGACUUCCGUCUCACUGAAAUAAACACGAGCACUUGCACACACACACUCACGUGCAGAUAUGUGUGUGUGCUAAAGAGUGUGCGGUGGCGCUAAUGUGUCUGCUGCGGUAUGGUAUGGUAGGGGUAUGGUAUGGUAGAGGUAUGGUAGAGGUAUGGUAUGGUAGAGGUAUGGUAUGGUAGGGGUAUGGUAUGGUAGAGGUAUGGUAUGGUAGAGGUAUGGUAGAGGUAUGGUAUGGUAGGGGUAUGGUAUGGUAGGGGUAUGGUAUGGUAGAGGUAUGGUAUGGUAGAGGUAUGGUAUGGUAGAUGUAUGGUAUGGUAGAGGUAUGGUAUGGUAGAGGUAUGGUAUGGUAGGGGUAUGGUAUGGUAGGGGUAUGGUAUGGUAGAGGUAUGGUAUGGUAGAGGUAUGGUAUGGUAGGGGUAUGGUAUGGUAGAGGUAUGGUAUGGUAGAGGUAUGUAUGAUAGAGGUAUGGUAUGGUAGGGGUAUGGUAUGGUAGAGGUAUGGUAUGGUAGAGGUAUGGUAUGGUAGAGGUAUGGUAUGGUAGAGGUAUGGUAUGGUAGAGGUAUGGUAUGGUAGAGGUAUGGUAGAGGUAUGGUAUGGUAUGGUAGAGGUAUGGUAUGGUAGAGGUAUGGUAUGGUAGAGGUAUGGUAUGGUAGAGGUAUGGUAUGGUAGAGGUAUGGUAUGGUAGGGGUAUGGUAUGGUAGAGGUAUGGUAUGGUAGAGGUAUGGUAUGGUAGAGGUAUGGUAUGGUAGAGGUAUGGUAGAGGUAUGGUAGAGGUAUGGUAUGGUAGGGGUAUGGUAUGGUAGAGGUAUGGUAUGGUAGAGGUAUGGUAUGGUAGAGGUAUGGUAUGGUAUGGUAUGGUAGAGGUAUGGUAUGGUAGAGGUAUGGCAUGGUAGAGGUAUGGUAUGGUAGAGGUAUGGUAUGGUAGAGGUAUGGUAUGGUAGAGGUAUGGUAGAGGUAUGGUAUGGUAGAGGUAUGGUAUGGUAGAGGUAUGGUAUGGUAGAGGUAUGGUAUGGUAGAGGUAUGGUAUGGUAGGGGUAUGGUAUGGUAGAGGUAUGGUAUGGUAUGGUAGGGGUAUGGUAUGGUAGAGGUAUGGUAUGGUAGAGGUAUGGUAUGGUAGAGGUAUGGUAUGGUAGGGGUAUGGUAUGGUAGAGGUAUGGUAUGGUAGAGGUAUGGUAUGGUAGAGGUAUGGUAGAGGUAUGGUAUGGUAGAGGUAUGGUAUGGUAGAGGUAUGGUAUGGUAUGGUAGGGGUAUGGUAUGGUAUGGUAGAGGUAUGGUAUGGUAGAGGUAUGGUAGGGGUAUGGUAUGGUAGAGGUAUGGUAUGGUAGAGGUAUGGUAUGGUAGAGGUAUGGUAUGGUAGAGGUAUGGUAUGGUAGAGGUAUGGUAUGGUAGUAAACACAGGGGCCAUUAGGGAGACAGUCCUGACAGGCAGGUAUAUUUACCUCAGGGUUUCAGGUUCAUUUAGCUUCACUCAGUCAGCUGGCUCUCAUCUGGAUCCCUCUGUUCUGUACUGCACAGAGACAUACAGGACGCUUUUAAAGUGGCAACAACGUGACAUUACCAUUGCUCACCUCUCAUGUGUCUGAGAGAGCAGUGACAUUUUACUGUAUCACAAUAGUGGUCCCCCCCCACCACCACACAUGAUAAACUGUAUGUAUUUGUUGCCUUUGAUCACUUUUGUAUGUAUCUAUAUUGGCACGCAGCAUACUGAUCACGCAGUAGGUAUUAGAUGUUGGCAAUGUAGCUGCGCUAACUGUAAGUCCAGGUUUGAUUCCCAGGGACAUGUGAUUACUCAGGGUCCCUUUGGUGUGGUUUGAUGCUUGAAUUUAGAUGUAGGUAGAUAGCAAAGUAGAGAUAUUAGCAGAGAUACUUUUGUGUGUGAGAGAGAGAGAGAGAGAGAGAGAGAGAGAGAGAGAGAGAGAGAGAGAGAGAGAGAGAGAGAGAGAGAGAGAGAGAGAGCGAGAUAAUCUGGUGUAGCAAAGAUACAGUAGGGAAGACGCUCUCAUAGUAGUGAGUUUUGAGGCUUUAAAUAGAAAACAAACCAACACACCCACACUAUAUUCCCCCGGGAGGCCUCUCUCUGCUUGUGACAUAUCCAGUGGCUUCACACACACAGUGUUUCACACAAUAUUAUUGACGGCAGUGUGAUUCAUAUUGCUCCACAAUGGAAGUGCAGUAGGACCCAGUGGACCAACAGAUUGGCAUAAUACCACUGACUGACAGGAGGGAUUGUCAUCAACGACUGGUGAACAACUGAACAUUUCACUGUGGCUGGCGGCCCCACGGGCCCAAUCUAACACUGUGCUGUCUCACAGGUGAAUAGAGGUGUCAAUAUAGAAUCUACAGUAUGACUCAAUCUGUACUGUUCCUCCACAGCAGGGGACACUGGUAGAGUGAAGGACGAUAAUAUAAGAAUGUAAAGCUGAAUAACGUUACAGACAUAAAUAUGCAAAAGAAUUCAAUGUUCUUCUAUUGUUUUUGUUAUGAAUAUAAUUCUCUUUUUUGAAAUCAGUAUUUUUUUGUAAACGGUUUCUUGUUUGAGCACUUAUUAGAUGUAAUAUGCACACUCAAAGACUGCUAUACAAGUGCCUGUGUACAGAGUCAGGUGUCUGAGUUAUGUUCAGAACACUUUCUGUUGUUCUUCUUCUUCUGUUUUUAUUCUCCCUUGUUGUAUGAUCUGUGUUUUGUUUCAUCCUUUGAGUGUUACUGAAGGUUUCAGGAAGUAUAGGCCAUAGGUUAAAACAUCCUACUGUUGUUGUUGAAAUCCAUAUAGCAUCAUCUACGUACAUGCCAUCUGCUGUGGUCCUAUUUUACCCACCACAACAUACUCUAUCUACAGUGCAAAAGUGGCAACAUGUGAUGAGCAUGACCAGUAUGUUGUUACAUGUUCAGCUUGUCCAGAGGUUGUGGACAGACAUGCCAUGUAUGAGGAGGAUUCACUGUGAUUCUCUAUAUUAAUAUCCAAGAUAUAAUAAAUCCCCACAGAAAUUUCAGACCCCGUCCUCCCAAAAGCUGAAUGUUACAUGUACUUACCUACUAGUGUAAAAUGCAUUGUGUAAAUGUGAAUUUCUUAGAGUUGUUACAAUAUAUAAAUACACUAUAAAAUUGAAAAAGCAAACAAAUUAGUUAACUGAUAGAAUAAAAACAAAUGUAAUUGCA